UUUCACUGUGCUUUGCUCCGCAAAACCAGUACUCUCCCCCCCCCUCUCUCUCUCUCUCUAGGAGCUCAGAAAUCGGAAUUCAGAUCUUCAAUGGCACCUGCUGGUCCUCGAUCCGGUGACGCGAUCUUCGCUAGCGUUGAGCGUGUGAAUGCCGAGCUUUUCACGUUGACGUACGGCGCGAUCGUUCGCCAGUUGCUUACGGAUCUGGAGGAGGUUGAGGAGGUGAACAAACAGCUUGAUCAAAUGGGUUAUAAUAUUGGAAUUCGUCUCAUUGAUGAAUUUCUGGCGAAGUCUAAUGUUUCCAGAUGUGUUGAUUUCAAAGAAACAGCUGAAACUAUUGCAAAGGUUGGUUUCAAAAUGUUCUUGGGAGUGACUGCGUCUGUGACCAAUUGGGAUGCUGAUGGAACUUGCUGCAGUAUUGUUUUGGAGGAUAAUCCUUUGGUAGACUUUGUUGAGCUUCCCGAUACUUGCCAAGGUCUGUACUACUGCAACAUUCUAAGUGGAGUAAUUAGAGGAGCCUUAGAGAUGGUGUCAAUGAAAGCCGAAGUCACCUGGAUCCGCGACGUGCUUCGGGGCGACGAUGCCUUCGAGUUGCAGGUAAAACUCCUGAAGCAAGUUCCGGAAGAGUAUCCUUACAAAGACGACGAGUAAAAUGCUACAUGUAUACAGCUUUUCAUUUUUGUCUUUCCAUAGAAAGCAAAUGUAGGAGCUUAUCUUCUCUUUCAAGUGGUCACCAGAAACUUAAAAAGGCAACUAUUUUGGGUCAUAUGAUUUCACUUCAAAACUACAAAGAGAAAAAUUAUGAUCUAGUUCUAGCAUAGCAUCACAACACAUGGGUGCAUUGUAUAUUUCCUGUAUUUGAUUCCAACCAAAAACCCUUUUGCGGUUU